CUCACCCAUUAGUUUGUCACAUGGCGUUUGUCUGAGGAAAUACCGAAUUAUGCAACGACUGACUAUUUGCUGACGCAGUGACCUCAUAUUGGAGCAUCUUGUGGACAACAAGCGCAGUCUUUCAGGAUGGCAGUGACCUGAGGUGCAAGAUUCCUAAAGCUCUUGCUACAUCUUGAAAUAAAGCAACUGAAAACGCUCUAGCAAGGACACAGCGCCCUCCUGUGGAACAAAAGGACAUGGCCAUCCCAAUCUGCCAAGCUGUGAUUGCAUGUGUGCCCCUUCUGUGGUUGGUGCGGGUGACUGACGGGAUGCCUGACCCGACUCAGAGGGACAUGCUGAUCCAGCAAGAGGCUUCCAGGCAGACGGGAGGCCGAGUGGUGCUGACUGCGGCUGAGCAGAAACUCAACACUUACCUCCACUGGCUCAAGAAGCGAGAGAUGUCUGCGGCACAGUUCCCGCCUGCAUUUCACUUCUUCAAAGCAAAGCCUCUCAUCCAAAGAAGCUCCAUCUUUCGACUGCUGCAGAAGAUGCCCAAAGGUGCAGCCCUCCACAUUCACAGCUCCUCUCUGGUUAGUGUUGAGUGGCUGGUGAAGAACGCCACCUACAGGCCACACUGCUACAUCUGCUUCACAUGGGACAAGUCAGUCCGCUUUCUUUUCUCCUAUCACCAGCCUUUCCCAUGGUGGGACUGCUUCUACUGGCAGCUGCUAUCAGACUUGAGAGCCAGAAUAGGAGACCCUACAAGCUUUGACAACAGUUUAAUGCAGCACCUCACGCUCUUCACUGAAGAUCCAGAGGGUGCAUACUCCAAUCAAGAUGUUGUGUGGGAGAGGUUUGAGAAAGCCUUCAUGGCAGCUUCUGGGCUAAUCACUCAUGCCCCCGUACUAAGGGACUACUUCUACAGGGGCCUAGAAGAGCUUCACCAAGACAACAUCAUGUAUUUGGAACUUCGGAGUGGUCUGUCACAGACGUACGAGCUCGAUGGAACCACCCACGAUAAAGUCUGGUCUUUGAAAACCUUUCAAGAAGUAACCAAGAAAUUUAUAGGAGAUCACCCAGACUUUCUCGGAGCUCGCGUCAUAAUUUCUGCCCACAGGACUCUGAGUGUAUCCGAGGCUAAAACGGCAGUAAAAGAGGCUGUUAAGUUGCAGAAGGACUUUCCGGAUGUUGUUGUAGGUUUUGACAUGGUUGGCAGGGAGGACAGAGGAAGGACUCUGUGGUAUUACAGGGAGGCUCUUUGUUUACCUGCAGAACUACUGCCGUAUUUCUUCCACGCAGGAGAGACAGACGAUGAAGGCACCGAUGUGGAUCAGAACAUUCUUGAUGCCCUCUUGUUCAACACCACCCGCAUUGGGCAUGGCUAUGCUUUGGCACGCCAUCCACUUGCCAAGGAGAUUUCCAGGAAAAGAAAUGUGGCCUUGGAGCUUUGCCCCAUCUCAAACCAGGUGCUGAAGCUGGUUUCAGAUCUUCGUAACCAUCCCGCGGCUGUGCUUCUGUCAGAGGGCCACCCGAUGGUGAUCAGCUCUGAUGAUCCAUCUCUCUUUGGCACCACAGGCCUCUCUUAUGACUUCUACCAAGCAUUUGUCGGCAUUGGGGGGCUAAAAGCAAAUCUGGGAACUCUGAAAGAACUGGCUAUGAACUCUAUCAGGUACAGCUCUCUGCCACCUCGUGUGAAGGAUGCGGCCCUGGUCAUGUGGCAGAAGAGGUGGGACACUUUUGUUUUGGAAAACUCAUUGCUGACAAUCAGUGGACCCGUUUGACUUGAAGAUUUGCAAUCCUGUUUAAGUGAAG